ACAAAACGAGGAAGAAAAAGCAGAAGCAGAAAAGGCAGCAGUUGGAAGUCGACUGUCACCGCUGGGACAAAAACAGUUCACCUCGAGCCUCCCGGACACCAUGAAACACACUCUGCUGACUGAAAGCAAGCUUUCAAUUUAUUAUUAUUAAAUAACAAUAAAAAGCAUUACGUUUAUACAGCUAAAAACAGAUGCGCUUCGUCUCGAGUCGUCCUCCUCUUCUAUCGGCGUGAGCUAGCUUAGCCUGUUAGCUUAGCGGUUAGCAGGACACCCACUCUCCCUUGCGUGCAGAAGUUAGCGCUACCAGGACCGGACAAAUCCAUCUGGAUUUGCACCCUAAAGAGCCUCGGGCUUCACAACCGUAGCGUCAGCAGCUGUAAAUGCGGCUUUUUUAAAAACACGUAUUCAACGUUUCGUCUUUGUUUUUACGAACAGGACAGAAUCCUGCAAAACAAGGAAGUGUUAAUGAACUUCACUGCCAGCUAGCGCAACGCUAGCCCUGCAGCGGCGCUGCUUCAUUGCGCUGCUUUGCUUCUGCAGCUGAAAAAGGGUCCUCGCAGCCUCCUCCCCCUGUCCCGCAGUGCCCGUACGGGUCACCUGGCAAAGCGAGUGUCCACAUACCCGCUGCUGGUCGUCCCGCUUCGCCUCUCAGUUAACAUUAGUUAUCCAAGCAGCCGCACGAGUCUCUGAGAUGAUCCCCGACAAAGUGCCGAAGGAAGACGUCUUCCACGGGUCCGAGGACUUGAAGAAGACGGCUCACAUCCCCAGCUUUGAGAUAUAUAAAGAGCUCUACUUGAAGUCCAUCGAGAAUCCCGAUGAGUUCUGGGGGGACAUUGCCAAAGAUUUUUUUUGGAAGACCAACCACACGGGUCCGUUCCUCGACUACAACUUCGAUGUGACGAAAGGAGAAAUAUUCAUCAAGUUUAUGGAAGGAGCUUCCACCAAUAUCUGCUACAACAUCCUCGACCGCAACGUCCAUGAGAGGAAGCUCGGCGAAAAAGUGGCCUUCUACUGGGAAGGCAACGAGCCCGGUGAUGCGCUGACGGUGACCUACAGAGAGCUGCUGCAGAAGGUCUGUCGCUUCGCCAACGUCCUCAAGUCUCAGGGAGUGAAGAAGGGUGACGCGGUGUCCAUCUACAUGCCCAUGGUGGUGGAGCUGGUCGUCGCCAUGUUGGCCUGCGUCCGCAUCGGAGCCGUUCACUCCAUCGUGUUUGCAGGUUUUUCUGCAGAGUCUCUGUGUGAGAGGAUCAUGGACUCGCAGUGUUCGCUGCUCAUCACAGCAGAUGGUUUCUAUCGAGGAGAUAAGCUGAUCAACCUGAAGCUCUUAGCUGACGAAGCGUUACAGAAAUGCAGAGAGAAAGGGUUCUCUAUUCAGAGGUGUAUAAUGCUGAAACAUCUGUCCAAAGAAGCAGAAGAGACACUACUGGGCUCUCAGUCUCCUCCCGCCAAACGCCCCUGCUCUGAUCUGCAGCAGGAGAAACAGGCAGGGAGAGCAAAGAAAUCACAUCCUGUACCGCAGGUCCCGUGGAACCCCGAGGUGGACUUGUGUUGGCACGCUCUGGUCCGUGGAGCUUCAGACGAGUGUGAACCGGAGUGGUGCGCUUCUGAGGAUCCUCUCUUCAUCCUCUACACCAGUGGCUCGACCGGUAAACCAAAGGGAGUUCUCCACACAGUCAGCGGCUACAUGCUCUACACCGCCACAACCUUCAAACUGGUAUUCGAUUACCAGCCUGACGACGUCUACUGGUGCACGGCGGACAUCGGUUGGAUCACCGGACACUCCUACAUCACCUACGGCCCGCUGGCCAACGGGGCCACCAGCGUCCUGUUUGAGGGCCUUCCUACUUACCCGGACGUAAGCCGCAUGUGGGAGAUUGUGGACAAAUAUCACGUGAGCAAGUUCUACACGGCGCCGACCGCAAUCAGACUGCUGAUGAAGUACGGCAGAGAGCCGGUGCAGAAGUAUAAGCGAGAGUCUCUGAAGCUUUUGGGGACGGUGGGAGAGCCCAUUAACCCCGAGGCCUGGCAUUGGUACUACAGCGUGGUGGGGGAGAAGAGAUGCCCUAUCGUUGACACCUUCUGGCAGACAGAAACUGGUGGCCAUGUGCUGACUCCUCUACCUGCAGCAACACCCAUGAAACCCGGAUCUGCUACGUUCCCGUUCUUCGGAGUGGUACCAGCCAUCUUGAAUGAGUCUGGAGAGGAGCUGGAGGGGCCGAGUGACGGAUACCUGGUAUUCAAACAGCCGUGGCCCGGCAUGAUGAGAACGGUGUACGGAAACCAGCAAAGGUUUGAAACCAUCUACUUCAAGAAGUUCCCUGGAUACUACGUGACGGGAGACGGUUGCCGUAGAGACAAGGAUGGCUACUACUGGAUAACGGGGAGGAUAGACGACAUGCUGAAUGUCUCUGGUCACUUGUUGAGUACAGCGGAGGUGGAGUCGGCUCUGGUGGAGCACCAGGCUGUUGUAGAAGCUGCCGUUGUGGGCAGACCUCAUCCUGUCAAAGGCGAGAGCCUCUACUGCUUCGUAACCCUCACGGACGGAGUGACGUUCAACCGGACGCUGGAGGCAGAGCUGAGAAAACAAGUGCGGGAGAAGAUUGGUGCCAUCGCAACACCAGACUUCAUUCAGAAUGCUCCAGCACUCCCCAAGACCAGAUCUGGUAAGAUCAUGCGGCGGGUCCUCCGCAAAAUCGCCUGUGAUGAACGCGACCUGGGCGACAUCUCCACGCUGGCCGACUCCUCCGUGGUGGAGCAGCUCUUUCAUAACCGCUGCCGCAUGGCCGUGUGACGGCGUGCGGGAUCCUCGCACGGAGGCCUUGACUGCCGCCGCACAACCAGCAGCCACAAAGGAAACCGUGGGGAGAUGAUGAAGCGGCGGAGGAGGAGGAAUCCCAGGAUUGUCCAACAAACAACCUUAUAGCUCCUUUAUGCGGGUGGCCGACGUGCAGCAGAGCCCGUAUUUAAAAUGACCCCACUGUCCUUUUUAAUGUAAGAAAAAUCCGCAGGAGGGAGAGACUGUCUGCUCACGUUUCCCCACUAAUCUAGUAGUAGUCAUUUUGGCAGCAGAAGGACACACGUCCAUUGACCCAUAUGUGUUCCCAACAGAGUUGGACGUUGCUCUGUAUGACCGCCAAAAGCUUGAGGUUGUUUUCUGUGAAAGACCCUUCUGCAGUCUAACUCUGUUGACACGUAGCUUGCUUUUAUCCUCGCCAAUAGCGCACAGCGACGUCGGCUGCCUAACAGCUGGGUAAAAGUGUAAAUUCCGUUUUAUUACAUUGGUUUGCUCGUAGUUGAAGUGUCCCUACACUGGAGUGAGGCUAAUGCGAGGUGCUACCUGUAACUUGCCUGUUUAAUUCUACACAUGGUCCUCUCCCCUCCCUCGCUGCCAUAGUAGCUACAGCUUUUAUUUUCUAUUAUAAUUCUAAUUUCUAUUAUAAUUUUCUAUACUAUUUUAAUCCGCCUGAUUUUUGCUCUAGGAUUCCUCUUUAUCUCCGCUCGUACGUUCUUUCUCCUCUUUGUCUUGAAGCUGCUCAGGAAGCUUCUCUUUAGGUUCGGUGGAAUCAGGGAAAGUUCUCCCAGCGUCACGUCACAUGGUCCAAUCCGCUCACGUCCGCUCCGAACCAGCUGCAGCUCUGAUGUGGAAGAUAGAUGUUUCUUUUACUAUAUCCUCUCAAAUUGACAGUUGAUCCAGAAUAAAAAAAUGAGCAUCUUUUAAUCCGGAGAGGAGAGGCCGGCGCUCGUUACGGCGAGCGAUGUGGCGUUAGGUGAGCUAGCGACGUGAGUUUGCUGUAAACACGAGAACAAGCCUCUCGUCUAGGAUUUGACGGACGUCUCCCCCGUGUCUCUACACUCCAUGUUGGUAAGCUAGCAAACGCAAUCCCAGACUGCUGUUAUCAUGCAAGUAUCAUUUGGAUUCAGUCAAAUAAUCGCCUCUAUUUUGGAUCAUGAUAUGGUACUAAUAUUAAUAAAUAGGUAGUUGCCAUAUUUCUUCUUGACUGACGUCACAGCUGCGAUUCGAGCAAAUUCUCUGAGUGCACUGAACCAGAAGCAGGACCUCACAUCAAUCUCAUCAGCCUUUCAUGAUUUUAAAUUGGUUGCUGUUUGUGUUUCAAUGUGCCAACAUACAUAACUGUUUGGCUGGGUGUAUAAAGCUAAUAAUUGUAUAAUGUCCAUGGGAAAAAAGGUGCAGCUGCAUAUUUGAUUAAGAAGAUUUUGAUGUGUGCUUGUACAAUAACUAGGGAAGGAGAGAGAAUUCAUCUGUUUGUAUUUUUAUUUUCUCUGUUCAUCCUCAGUUGUGUUGUUAUUUCUCUGUAUCAACGUGUAUGCAAUGACAGUAAACGGACGUGACUACUGCCUCUCAUCCUCUG